CCACCUGCUGGAGGUUUUCGUUAUAACCAGUAUAAACAAUACUGCCACCUGCUGGACACACUAGGGAGGGUUAUGGCCGGAGAAUCUCCCCGAGGCGGGCGAGGCCCCGUACAGCAGCAUCCCGCAGCCCCCUAACCCGGAGCCCCGCUUCUUUCCGCCCGCGCUCACGGUACUCAGCCGCCCUAUAUCGCGGUCGGAGGCGGAGGAGGAGGCCGUCGCCGCCGGGUCGCAGGGCCGAUGACGUAGGCGGUUCGCCACGCGCGCAUUUACUGCGUCACUCCGCGACGUUUUUGGGCGCUAAUUGUGAGAGUCUCAAUGGAGGAUGAUACAGAUGUCCCUCAGGAAAGGGAAACCAAGGAUUUCCAGUUCCGUCAACUGAAAAAGAAACGGAUCUUCCCGGCGCCGCCGGAUCUGCCCAAGGAGCGCUCGAAUCUUCUGGCUGUCUCCAACAAACAUGGCUUCCUGUUUGCAGGCGGUCCGACCGGGCUGAAGAUUUUCCGGACAGAUGAUGUCCUCGUCCCAAUUAACCCAGGGGAGGACCCCAAUAAAAUCGAGGCGGCUCCUCCGGGGAUUGAAGUACCGACGAGGCAUCGGGUGCACCACGUGGCCCUGAGCUCUGACAACCUCACCCUGUCUGUCUGCACGUCGUCCGCUGACUGCGGCUCCUCCAUCGCCUUCUAUGACAUCCGAACGCUUGUGGGCGAGUCCAAGCAGCCGAAGGAAGCCUUCACCUCCCAGCCGCUCUCCAGGGAACCCGGCAGUUUUGUCACAGAUCUAAAGUGGAACCCCGUGGUGUCCAACAUGGUGGCGGUGUGCCUCAGUGACGGCAGCAUCUGUGUGUUCCAGGUCACUGACGCCGUCCUUUUGUAUGCCAGUCUGCCAGCCUCACUGGGCGUGACGUGUGUGUGCUGGAGCCCGAAGGGGAAGCAACUGGCCGUGGGCAAACAGAACGGGACAGUGGUGCAGUACGUCCCGACCCUGGAGGAGAGGAAGGUGAUCCCUUGCCCCCCGUUCUACGAGUCGGACCCAGUGAAAGUGCUGGACAUCCUCUGGGUCAGCACGUACGUCUUUGCGGUGGUGUACGCGGCUGCUGAUGGAUCCCUGGAGACCUCCCCCCAGCUCGUCAUGGUCUUGCUUCCGAAAAAGGAGGAGAGGCGAGGAGAACGCUUCCUGAACUUCACGGAGACCUGCUACAGCAGCUGCAACGAGCGGCAGCACCACUUCUUCAUGAAUUACAUCGAUGACUGGAACGUUCUUCUCGGGGCAUCGGCGGCUUCCAUAGAAGUCAGUGUGAUUGCCAGGCUGUCUGAUCAGAGCCUGUGGGAGCUGUGGUUACUGGAAGACUCCAGCCGAGCAGAGCUGCCGGUGACUGAUAACAGCGAGGACACGCUGCCCAUGGGGGUUGUGGUCUCCUACACCAGCCAGCUGAGCGUCUUUAUCAGUGAGGAGAAGAUUUUGCCCCCCACUCCGGUCCUUCUGCUGCUUUCCACCGACGGGGUCCUUUGUCCCUUUCACAUGAUUAACUCCAACGAAGGAUCAAAGUCUUUGACGGUAAUACCGGAGCGAAUUCCUGCGGCGGGAGAACGACUCGUUAAAGCUGCAGCGUCCUUCUCCGCCGCUCCCGGACCCGCCGUUGCUAACCCUCCUCCACUUGGUGCAGUUAGCGGCAGUGCUACUAAUGCAUCUUUUGCUGGGCUCCCUGGAAAAUCGACUGCCCCGACCUUCGGCCUCCCGAUAAAUCCUCCGGCUCCUGCCUUCGCCGUGCCCGCUGCUAAUGUGUCUGUGAAAUCUCCAGCCGCUGCCCCUGCUUUCCCGCUGCCCGCUGUUACUGGCUCUACAAAACCCACCGCGGCCGCCUUCAGCUUCUCCGCUACCCUCCCCGGGAAGCCUCAGUCUACUUCUGCUUUCACCCUGUCUUCCUCCAGCCUCCCUAACAACCCUCAGACGGCUCCCUUCGGUUUCGGCAUGCCUGCUAAUUUUUCUUUCAACCCUCAGGACAGUUCAUUUGCAGGCCGACCUCAGUCCUCGCCCGCUUUUAGUGUCCCCUCUGCCAGCCUUCCUGUACCCGCCCCAGCCAGCUCUUUUUCUGCUUUGUUUGGUGCUUCAGUCGGAGCCCCAAGCUUUCACAAGCCGCCAGGGGCCCCAGUGUCUUCCUUCACCUCGGAGCUGCCUGGAGGCGCUUUUGGGGCAGCAACGUCAAACUCUGAAAACUCUGGUAGUUCUACCCAAGCUGCAGAAUCCGGUGCCCAACCAGCGCCAUCCUCUGUCCGGGUGAACCUGAAGGACAAAUUUGGUGCAGUGGACAGCGCUCAGCCUAAGCCAAGCUUCGCCCCAAGCGCUCCAGGCUUCUCCUUUGCCCCUCCAGCCAAGACCACAACCCCGACAGCUCUGGGAGGCAACGUUCCCAUGUCCGCUCCAUCCCAAUCCACGGGGACUCACAGCAGGCCGUUUUCUGCUGUCUCGCAGUCAGGACAGAGCGCUCCCCCACAACCAGCGAUGGCCCAGAAGACAGCUCGGGUAUUACCAGGGGCAGCAAAGCAAGCACCACCUCAGCCGGUGGUGAGUGGAUCGUUUGAUAAAUCCGUGGACAGUAAAGAUCCUAUUCACAAUGGAAUUAAAGAGGAGAUUGCUCACUUUCAGAAGGAGCUGGAUGACCUCAAGUUGCGGACGGCGAAGGCUUGCUUUACCGUAGGGACGGAGGAUGAGAUGAGGCAGCUGAGGACCGAGUGUGAUGAUCUCCAUUCCUUCCUUCUGGAAAUCCAGGAAACCACUAAGUCGCACCAUGGAGAUAUCGGCUGUCUGAAAACUACCGUUCUGGAAGGAUUGGCCAAUGCUGAGAGUGCGCUAGAGCAAAAGGAGCGGUUAAGUGACCCUGUAUACCGCCGUCUUUUAUAUAAGAAGCCCCUGGACCCCAAGAGCGAGGCCCAGAUGCAGGAGAUUCGCAGGCUCCACCAGUACGUAAGGAAUGAAGUUCAAGGCGUGAGCGAUGUCCUGGACCUGGAGUGGGACCGCUUUGUGGAAUCCGAGAGAAAACAAAAGGGAUAUGCCGUAUCGGACCGCGAGACGCUGUUUAAUACCCUGGCUAAUAACCGGGAGAUCAUCAACCAGCAGCGGCAGCGUCUGAACCAGCUGAUGGACAGUCUGUACCACCUGCGUCUCUACAACUGCACCUCGAAGUGGAAAGUGACGAGCGACGAAUCCUCCUACUGCAGCCACGAUGUGGAGAUAGAAAGCCUACAGGACACUCUGUCAAAGACCAUGAUAGAUACCACGAUCAAGCUGGCGCCGAAGCUUCCACCCAAGUUAUCUCCAGUGAAGCAGAAUCAACUUAGAAAUUUCCUCACUAAGCGGAAGGUGCCGCCGGUUAGAUCGCUCGCUCCAGCCAACCUCUGCCGCUCCUCCUUCUUGAACCCAAGUUACAUAGAAGAUCCGGACGACGUCAGUUCUUCAUCUUCCCUGUCAGAAGCGACAGAUACUCAGGGGGGACUGUCAGAGCCAGUAAGACGGGAGACUCCACCGCCGGAGCCCUCCCCUGUGCGAGCCGUGCGUCACGCCCCUGUUACACGCACAGUCUCCCUGCAGCCAGGAUUUGUGACACCAGCUCCUCAGCUUGGAAAGGUUCAGCUGAGCUCUGGACCCUUCACCAGCACUCCUAUGGUAUCUGUGUCUUCAAUGAGUGUCAUCCCGCAAGGAGCCGACAGCACAAUGCUAGCCACCAAGACCGUGAAGCACGGAGCACCGACCGUCCCUGCAGCACAAGCAGCAGCCAACGCCGCCAUGAGGAGGCAGCAGGUGACCAGCCUGGCGCCAGCCGCACUCACUGAAUCCACCUUGCAAACUGUACCCAAAGUAGUGAAUGUGAAAGAACUGAAAGGGAAUGGGCCCGGACCGAACAUUCAAUUAGUCAUGGCGCCCACCAACCCGCAGUCCGUCGCUCAUGCUAAUAACCAGGCAAACAAAGCUGCCGCAGUCCAGGCUAAACAGGUUCCUCCCUCUGGCGGGUUGAAAGUUGCUCAGGCUCCAUCUGGCGCUCCCCAGCCAGGACCAGGGUUGGCACCCAGCAGGGUGAUGGGCCCCGCAGCCCCUUCAUCUUCCAACAUGGCAGCCGGUGCCCCUGGCAACAAAGGGUUCCAGUUUUCUUCUCCCAGUAUGUUCCCUGUCAUCGCCGCCGCCACCACGUCAGCACCCACCUCCACUUUCGGAAGCUUCGCCCCAGGAAAGGAGUCUCAUCAGCCUCCAGGUUUUACGGGUGCUCCCGGGAUCAAGGCUCCCUUUGCCUCUGGGUCGGAGACGUCUAUCUCAUUCUUGUCAUGUCUGCCGCCAUCUUCUUCAGUUGAACCUAUCACUCCUGCCCCUCACCUGCAGCACAAGGAUACCACCCAGCCUGCAAACUUCAUGAGUGCGGGAGGAAUGAAGCAGCAGCUUGUCUCUCCGCCCAAUAUGUCACCUUCCAUCUUGUCUGUGAUGCCACCAUCUCUAGCCCCUGCUGAUUCCUCCACCAGCGCUAAGCCAGCAUCACUGCAGGUACCAGUUGCUACGUCUGCAGCCUCAGCCACAUCCCCUGCGGGGGAGACUCUAGGAAGCUUUUCUGGACUAAGGGUUGGUCAAGUCGAGGAUGUAUCCAAAGCUGCCCCAUCUGCACCGCAAGGUGUCAGCUCCAUGGUCAGUUCUUCAAAGCCUGGAGAUCCAGCUUCAACUGCAGGUGCCUCUUCUGUGUUGAAUGUCCCAUUAUUGGCCGGGAUAUUUAACCAAGGCGUCAAGUCUGGCUUCUCUUUUAUGGCACCAGCCGGCUCAGCUCCUCCAGCCAGCGGUGCGCCCUCAGCCGUACAAGCUUCAGUAGCGUUUGGUUUCAUGCCUACUAUAACUGCGGCCCAGACACUUGCUGCUCCAAUACCGGUGCCUUCUCCAGCUCCUGGAGCGUUUAGCUUAGAUGUUAAACAGGCAGCGGGACCUGAAAAAUCUGUUCCUGACUCUUUUGCUCCUUCUCAGUUGCAAGCACUUUUGGCUCAGCCAAGCGAGGGGGGUAAAGAAGCAGCACCAAGCCCAGCAGGUGACAGCACUGUGUCGACACCUGUGGCUGCCGCCUCUAUACCUGCUGCAGACCCAAAGACAUUGACUGUUCCCGUGUCCACAUUUCCAGCCACCGUAAACUUGGGGCAAAAUGCAGCCACCACUUCCACACCAGCAGUGGUUAGCCCUCUGACUGCUCCUGCCAGCACCAGUCUAUCUUCUCCAGCUUUGGUCACUGCAGCUUCUUCAGGUGCACCCAGCACACAAGUCCCUUCAGGAGAAGGAGCCACCACUCCAGCUCCUGCAUUUGUCCAGCCACCAGCUUCUGCAGCCCCCCCAGUCUUUGGUCAGAGCCCGGCACCUGCUUCAGCCCCUCUUCUGUUUGGUCAGCAGAGUAGCACCUCAACCACCACCUCUGAGUCUACCGCUCUGGCCUCUGCUUUUGGUUCCUCAGCAUUUGGGGUGACCGAAGGAAGUGCAGGUUUCGGACAGCCGGCGUUUGGUCAGGCCGGGUCUUUCUGGCAAACCUCUCCCAGCUCUGCCAAUGGCUUUUCCUUCAAACCAUCCAACUUUGCGUCACAGCUGACCUUCAGCCAGACUCCCACCACUACUGCUGCAGGUAGUAGCAGCGGCGGGGGGCUGUUUGGGAGUUCUGCGACUACUAGCAGUGCAAAUGCAUUCUCCUUCGCACCGCAGUCCGGCAGCAGUACCUCCACGGCUGGAGGAGGUCUCUUUGGACAGAGCAGUGCUGCAGCGUUUGGGCAGGGCCCCUCCACCUUUGGUCAGACGACACCAGCCUUUGGCAGUGCGGGCUCCUCGGCUACAACUACGACGUCGUCUUCGGUGUUCGGCUUUGCACAGUCUGCAGGAUUUCCGUCAAGUUCUUCAGGAUCCAUAUUUGGCCAGUCUCAGAACACCGGUCCAAGUCUCUUCGCACAGUCCUCGUCCUCCUCCGGGAGCCUGUUUGGUGCAAGCAGCGGUGCUAGCGGAAGUGGGGGCUUCUUCAGUGGUCUUGGAGGCAAACCCAGCCAAGAAGCGGCUAACAAGAAUCCCUUCGGAUCAGCCGAUGCAGCGUUUGGCGCCUCCGGCUCCUCCAACGCCAGCAGCCUGUUUGGUAACAGCGGGGCCAAGUCUUUUAGCUUUGGUGGCGGCUCAACAAUUGGAGAGCAGAAGUCAGGAACGUUUAGCGCUGGAGGAAGUGUGGCCUCUCAGGGGUUCGGGUUCUCCAGUCCCAGCAAAACCGGUGGGUUCGGCGCUGCUCCGGUGUUUGGCAGCCCUCCAACCUUUGGGGGAUCCCCUGGAUUUGGAGGGACGCCAACAUUCGGCACAGCCCAAAGCUUUUCUAGCCCUCUGGGCUCGACUAGUGGCAGAGUGUUCGGGGAAGGUACGGCGGCCGCUACCACGGGAGGAUUCGGGUUUGGAAGCGGUGGCUCCUCGUUCGGCAGCAUGGCCACUCAGAAUGCCCCAUCCUUUGGCGUCCUCUCUCAGCAGGGCAGUGGCUUUGGCAGCCAAAGUAGCGGCUUUGGGUUUGGUCCUGGCAGCAGCGGGCCAGCGCCUGGAAGCAGCGGAGGUUUCUCAUUUGGCGCCACAAACCAGUCUUCAUCAGCAUUCGGCGGAGGCUGGAGGGGCUGAGAGAACCAAGACGUGCAAGAGGAAGAUGACUCGUUUCCUUUGGUUUCUGUUUUUGCUUCUUCACAGCGCCGCCCCCCCUCAGUGGAUAUGUUCUGCAUUUGUAACCCCCCCCCCCCCCCUCCAAAUCAUCUGUUACAACAUGUUUUACUGAGGACUUUCCAUGUUUAUUAAAUGGUUUCCUUUACUUAUUAUAUUAAAGUAGAAUUGUCUUUU